AUGGCACUCCCCCCGCUAUUUCCGCUGGGGAGCCGGAAGUCCCUCCCCGCCGCCGGAAGCGCAGCGGCAGUACUUCCUCAGAGUCUCUCUGGACGCGGUGGAGACUGGUUUCCGGCCCCCAGUGGGCGCGGACUUGGCUCAGUGCGCGCUCCGGAACUGUGUCCCGGGAGCGAGGUCCUGCGGGCCGCUUGCGCGGGGAUCUGGGACUGCGGCCGCGCGAGGAGAGCGCCGACCCCGGUGCCAGCCAGUUGCAAGGCCAUGAACGGCACGGCGAACCCGCUGCUGGAUCGCGAGGAGCACUGCCUGCGGCUGGGGGAGAGCUUCGAGAAACGACCGCGGGCCUCCUUCCACACUAUUCGCUAUGAUUUUAAGCCAGCAUCGAUAGACACUUCCUGUGAAGGAGAGCUCCAGGUGGGCAAAGGAGAUGAAGUCACAAUCACACUGCCACACAUUCCUGGGUCCACACCACCAAUGACCGUGUUCAAAGGGAACAAACGGCCUUAUCAGAAAGAUUGUGUGCUCAUUAUCAAUCAUGACACCGGAGAGUAUGUGCUGGAGAAGCUCAGCAGCAGCAUUCAGGUCAAGAAGACGAGAGCCGAGGGGAGCAGUAAAAUCCAAGCCCGAAUGGAACAACAGCCUGCUCGUCCCCCACAGCCAUCACAGCUACCUCCUCCUCCACCACCCAUACCAUUCCGAGCCCCAACGAAGCCUCCAGCUGGACCCAAAACAUCUCCCUUAAAGGAUACGCCCUCACCUGAGCCCCAGCUGGAUGACAUCAAAAGAGAGCUGCGGGCUGAGGUCGACAUCAUCGAGCAGAUGAGCAGCAGCAGUGGGAGCAGUUCCUCUGACUCUGAGAGCUCCUCUGGGAGUGAUGACGACAGCUCCAGCAGCGGAGGAGAGGACAACGGCCCAGCCUCUCCUCCCCAGCCUUCACACCAGCAGUCCUACAACAGCAGGCCCACAGUGGCCAAUGGAACCAGCCGGCCCCAAGGAAGCUCUCAGCUGAUGAAUACGCUCAGAAAUGACUUGCAGUUAAGUGAGUCUGGCAGUGACAGUGAUGACUAGCUCCAGGCUUUUGAAAUCUGCUUCCGGUACGUGGACAUGCUGCAAGACCCAGCGACUUCUGCCAGGAUUCCACGCCACAGGAGGAUGUUGCACAGCAGGGCCUGUAGGAGGAGUUAAGGCCUGAGAGCAUGCAGACACUCAGUUUUUGACUUGGUGGUGGUGGGUGAUUUUCUCACAUAAUUCUUGAACAAUCUCUUGUUUCAGAGUUUAAGUAGAUCUAUAGGAGAAUGAAUGGAAUUCUGUUUCCACGUGGUUAACAUUAUUAAUGAAAAACAGGCCAUUGCACCCUGAUCUCAGGCCCUCAAGGCCCCUGUCCUCACCAGGCCAGUAAUUCAGCAGCCAUCAGUUUGGCCAGGCAGUCUGUACCAGUAAAAUAAAAGUCUUUGAGGGUUAUGGAAAGAAAGGAGAUCCUCAAACUGUGUCAUAGAAAUAUGUUAAGACCACUUUCCAUGUUUGACAUGAAGUGGUAAGGAAGUUUUGUGUGACCCAGUUUGAUAAGACCAUAGAAGUAGACCUUGGCAGAGUCUUUGGGUCAAUUAGUGUGUGUGUGGGUAUGUGUGGGUGUGUGGUUGUGGGUGUGUGUGCUAGAAAUCCAGUUGCUCGACCCAGCGCAGCUAGGAAAGGAAAGCACACUGCAGGGAAUGUCCAGUCACCUGUCUCAGGUGUACGCUUGCUCGCUACUUCUUUGAAUUACACUUGCUGGCGUCAGACUUUUCUGCACAGACGUUUCUGUCAGAUUCCAAAGACAAAAGCAUUGCUGCCAUUCAGCUCGGAUUCAGACUCAGGCAAUUCCCGUGUAUGUGAGGCGGAGUGAGCAGCAGCUGCCACGCUGACGCACAUCCUCAGCUCAUCUGAGACUUCUGGGUUCACAUGGAUCCAUCCUCAGGUAUUCUAAAUCCUGUGGCUGUUAGCGGAGGAUAGGAAUCAAGGAGGGGUGUAGUGGGGAACCCUCUGAGCAGAUUGGCCAGCUGCAAGCCUCCAGAGUCCAGAUAGGAGUUCUGCCGUAUGAAACACUCUUCUUGAGCUCUCUAUGCUUUUGUGCCUGACUCCCAGACCAAUUGGUAUUUUCAUAGAAGAGAAUCACAAGAUUGCCUUUUGCAGUGUGCCAUUUCCAAAUAACUGUUCUUGCUGGAAACUGGUCACGAGUCAAUUUUCCAUACUGAGGAAGUGUGUGGUGACUUGUACGUUGCCACCCAUCUCACAGUAGAUGUAGUUAGAAUGAAUAUAUCCUAGGAAAUUCCUGUCUUUCAGAUAAUACUAAUGUUCUUUUUACCUUGGGUUUUCCUCCACUCACAUAAGCCUUUCUCCUGAGCUAGUGGAGGGAGGUGUUGUGGACCUAGAAAGGAAAUGAAUGGUCCAUGGUGGGACUUAGGUUAGACUCAUACCAUAUAGGUACGAUCCUAACUGUUUGAUCCUCAGAUUGCAGUGAGCUGAGGUAGGAUAGAAGCCAUUGCCCAGCAGCACAUGUACACCAUUCUGCCCAAGUACCUUGUGCUGGGGUCUCAGCCUCUGGGGCGAUGCUCGGUGAAUCUCCAUGGCAGGUGGGAACCUCCUUAUAGCAAGCUGAUAAUUGCUUUAUAAUUCUUUGGUAAUGGCAGCUCAGGGAAGGUGCAGGUUCUGAUUGGGUGGCUUGAAUUGUCCCUGGAUCUGGGAACUGAAUUGUCUUACUGUUCUUUGCCUGCUUACACUGGGGCAGGUUCCAGGAACUUGAACUAAAAAUGCUAUGUAGGUCUCCCCUUGCUCUGCCCUUCUCUAAAGCCUUGGUUUCUGUAGACAGAACUGUGUGUGGGUAUGCUGGCCAGUGACUGUUUCUAUAGGAAGUGCCUGCAUGUGGCACUGGGCUUGGUCAGUCAGACUCCAUGUCACCCGGCCUAUCCAGCACCACAUGCUUUUGUUGGCUCCAGUCUGUGCUCUCUGCACAGUCCUUCAGUGCUCCCAUCUCCUUUCCCUUCCUUAGUAAAAAGCAAAACAAAAACAAACAAACAAAAAAACCAACAAAAACCAUUUUUGAAAAUCCAGACUCUUGCCUCUUACAUUGAUGAUGACAAUGAUGACUUCUCAGGGGUAUCCUUGUGCCAACUGAGUGACUUCCUUCCUGUCUCUGUGCCUUUGCUGUUCCCUCCUCUUCACCCACUCAACCUUCUCCAGACUCCUCAGGUACCAUCUUCACCAACUCUUCAGGUCUUCCCACCUAUGGGGUAUGUCCUAAUGUGCAUACAAAUUGCCUUUCUCCUACCUGGUUUCUGGUUGGUAUGAGCACCUCAAAAGUACAGAAGUAGACAUGCAUGUGCUCCUAGCUUAGAGGGCAAGAGGCUGAGAGAACUAACUAGUUAAGGAUUGAGAAUAAGCAUAGGGGAAACAUUCCAGUGUAGCUUUAUACCCGGAAAUAAUUACACAGAAACUGUAUUCUUUUAAACACUGCUUGGCCCAUUAGCUCUAGCCUCUUACUGGCUAACUCUCACAUCUUGAUUAACCCAUUUCUAUUAAUGAGUGUAGCACCACGAGGU